UUGGCUCAGGGCGUUGACGCGCGGCGGUCGCUAGGCGACAGCACGCAUGAUUCGAGGCGUUGGGAGGCGGGGCGUGUCAGUGAAUCCAGGACCAAUCCGUGGCUGGGGCAGGUAUGAUAGGGCGGGGCAUCCUCUCGCCAAUCGGAAGUGCUAGGGGGCGCGCCUGCCAGUCUGUGGACGUCACGGCGCCAUGAACAUCUUGCCCAAGAAGAGCUGGCACGUCCGGAACAAGGACAAUGUCGCCCGCGUGCGGCGCGAUGAGGCCCAGGCCCGGGAGGAGGAGAAAGAGCGCGAACGGAGGGUGCUGCUCGCUCAGCAAGAGGCCCGCACAGAAUUCCUGCGGAAGAAAGCCAGGCAUCGGAACUCGCUACCGGAGCUCGAAGCAGCAGAUGUGGGGGCCCCGAGUUCUGGCCCUGUGGACCUGUUUCGGGAGCUGCUGGAGGAGGGGAAAGGGGUGACCGGGAGCAACAAAGAGUAUGAGGAAGAAAAGCGACAGGAGAAGGAGAAGCAGGAGAAAGCUCUGGGCAUCCUGACGUACCUGGGCCAGAGCGCAGCAGAAGCCCAGACUCAGCCCCCUUGGUACCAGCUGCCCCCAGAGCGAGGGGCGCCCCCGCCCGGCCCAGGACCAGAUGUGAAGGUCAAGAACCGCCUGGACCCUCUGCUGGAGAUGCAGAAACAUUUGGGGAAGAAGAGAAGGCACAGCGGUGACCACGGCGGACGCAGCAGAAGGGAAGCGAGGCCUGAGAAACAGCGGCCCAAGAUGUAG